CACAUCUCUCUCUUUUUUUCUCUCUCUCUCUCUCUCUCUCUCUCUCUCUCUCUGUCACGUGGACGCCGUGAAGCAUCUCAGGAGUAAGAAGGAGCCAAAGAUGGAACCAGACAGGAUAUACUCAAGACAACAAGCGAGAAGGACAGCAUGGACAAAUGAAGAGGUGAGAAUCUGGAGCAAACAGUUUGACGGGUUGGUUCUAUCGCCGAUCGAUAGGAACCAGGGGGACACAUCGGUGAUCUGCCCGAUACUGUAUAGACAUGGGUUCGCAGGUACAGUGGACACAGAGGAGGAGAUACUCAAACGGAGCAAGGAGGAUUUUCUGAAGAGCGGUCUGAUGAGCAUUGGAAAAUGGCGACCAGAUGGACGCUUAGGGACAGCAUACACCAUUCCGAAACAUAAGGAUCUCACUCGCUGGAGGUCGAUAGCACCGGCCGCGGCAGAUCCAGCCGCACUGGCUCAGCGAAGAGUCGCCCGGGCCUUGCAUCAGCUCCUGAAGAGAUUGCCGGCUAACAACACUUUCUACCUCGAUUCUAUCUCGGAGUUGGCCGAAAAGCUGGAGGGGACGACGCAACGUCUCAGAUCAGCAGGAUGCGACUCAGCAGUGGGACGAUGCUAUGACAUAAAAGAAAUGUUUUCUCGGAUACCGCACGGAGCGGUGUUACAGGCAGUGCACCAGCUGCUGAGGAUCUACGAGGAUCAAGGCUGCAAACAGAUCAGAGUGUCAACUAGGGGGAAGCUAUGCAUUAUCAGCGAGAACAAGAGGAAGAUGGAUGGGUAUGUAAGUUUGACACUGAAGCAGAUCAUGGAAGGAGUGAAGUUUGACCUGCGGAAUUCGGUGGUGAGAAGCGGCACCAAGCUAAUCAGACAAGUUUUUGGUAUACCAAUGGGGAAGUCUACCAGCCCAAUCCUGGCUUCGAUCACCUGCGCCAUGGCCGAACUGAAAUUCGUUAGCGAACUCAGGGCCGACAGGAAACUAGUUGGCAGAUGGCGCAUUAUGGAUGACAUCACGAUCGUGGUGGGGAACUCGACGCAGUGGGAAAAGGAUGAGUACCCUGAGAACCUGUUCGAGGCAUUCGAAGGUAUUUACGAUACGAACCUUGAGAUCAUCCGGAAGGAUCGAUGCGGACUGACAUGGCAGUUUAUUGGGGGGCAGAUGAUGAUAUGCACAGCACCGCUACAGAUUCAUUAUGUGCCAACGACGAAGAAUACAGACUCACGGUUUGAGACUGGGAGUUUGACUUUUCAGACGAUGCAGGACUACAACAGUUACUCCUAUACCGCGAAAUGCGUGAAAAAGGCGGUACUGACAACGACGCUGAAGAGACUGUGGAGCCAGACCACGAGUCAAACGCUGGCCAUUCUCAUGGAAGUUGGGGACAAAGCUCUGAUGACUAAGAGAGAUGUCUUUGUCCGCUUUGAGAAACACAAGGAAGCAGGCCUUAAGUGGUAUUCUCAUACUGCCCUCUUGGAUCUGCAAUGCCUUAAGGUCAAGGCCAAUUCUGUGUGGUCGGUAGCUGAUGUGGCAUCCUUUUGCUGUUCCAUUCUUAGAAGAGGAAUUCUCCUCUCCUCUUUCGAUUUUGACAAGGGAGCUUGGAAUAGACUAUAGAAAGAAGGAAAGUUAAAUUUUUGAUAUUUUGAUAAAUAUUUGAUCAUAUC